UGUUUGAUCUAAUGCAAACACCUGAGUUACAGAACUCUUUUUUCGUCGGGGAUCCUGGGUUUCAAUGCCAUCACAUUUCGGUUCUUACUUCAGACCGAUUCUGGGUAAAUAAUGACACAAUGCUUUUUUUGACAAGCUCUGAAGGUGACAUUCUUUUUGACGUGGAAGACUUUCAUGGUGGUUUACAAAGCUCUGCAUUUACUGGGGGUGUGCACACAGUAAACAGUAAGCAGGAAUUAUUUUAUUUAAAUCGACGCUUCAAUAUUAAAAAACUUUCAAAUGAUAUGAAAACAAAAACGACAUUUGUAAAAAGAACAAACUUUUUACAGACACCAAGAUGUAUGUAUUCGUCCCGUCGCACUGGCGAUCUACUGGUUGGUACCAUAACGGGUAUUGUUAACCGGUACAACCAAUCAGGAGAACUGAUACAGUCGAUUAAAGACAAUGCACAGGGACAGAAUCUGUAUAAAAAACCAAUUUAUCUCACUGAAAACAACAACGGGGAUAUUGUAGUGUCUGAUUUGCUAAAUGGUGUGGUGGUGACAGAUUACCAUGGACGGCAUCGUUUCUCCUUCAGCAUGCAUCCAAAUGGAAGAGUUGUAAGGCCUUUUGGAAUUUGCACCGAUGAGUUGUCACACAUUAUCGUGUAUGAUAACAAUAACCUUACAUUAUUAGUUAUCGAUAAAAACGGGAAUUUCAUACGUGAUUUGUAUAUUGAAGCAAUUGAGCCACAAUGGUUUUCACAUGAAUUUGGAAUGUAUCGAAGGGAUGUUACUCCAUUAUGCCUCAGUUACGAUGUCACUACUCAUCGUCUUUGGGUCGGAACAUGCAAUGCUAACAAGCUGUACAUUUACCAGCAUAUUACUGGACAGAACGCAUUCAAUGAAAUCGAUGAAUGGGAAGAUUCAGAAAUUCUAAAACAGAAAAAGGCAUUAAAAGCCCGAAGGAUUUUUAAAGACGAGGAGAUUUUGAAAAAACACCUGUCUAUCAGCGGAUACAUACAUGGUACUAAAAACGGACUUGAAGUAGUUAAAGUUUUUCUACGAUACGAUGACAAAAUUGCAAAAUUGGAGAUAAAGGACAAUAUCUUGGAGGGACUUAAAGAGGAAUUUAUCAUCAUUCCUAAACGAAUAAAAGAAUUAAAAAAAAAGCUGACUUCAAUUACAAAAAAAGAAAAUUCUACUCCUGGAGUUGAUGUUGUAGAAAUGAAUCGUGUACGUAGAAUAAUAAGUAACCGAGCAUCAUAUCUAUAUAAAAAACAUUCAGACGUAUUUGGACUUCGGAUAAGUAAUGUAAGAUGCGUUGACGGCAAGUUUAAGCAAGAGCCAUGCAUUGUUAUAUAUUGUUUAGACAAAUCGUUCAUACCAUCCGGCGAAAACAAAUUACCAGAAACACUAGAAGGAUAUCCUUGUGAUAUACGAGAAAACAUUAUCAUGUUUGGAGGAGGAGCAAGUAUAGGAUCUAGCAUCGGGAUUCCAUACAAUGGAUCAUGGGGUUCUGUCGGAUUUCUGGUUAAAUCAAAUGUUCCAUCCUUGAUACCUGUUUCUGGUUUUCUCACAGCAGCUCACGUAGCAAUCAAAGAAUUAGACAAACUACACGACGAAAAAGCAUUACUUUCAGAAUGCAAGCAAAGAAAACGCUGUGAAUUUGCCAAACAAACUCAUUUUAUUGUGCAGCCAGCAUGGCCACAUAGCGACGGUGGUAAACCUGUUGGAGAAGUUGUAGAAUCGUUCUGUGGAAACUAUAAACCAUAUGGAGAAGGAAAAUAUAACCCUUCUUUUGGAAUGGACGCAGCUUUUAUAAAGACAUACCCUCCAAUGCCAGAAGUUAAGGAAGAAAGCAUCAUGGAAGUCAUGGAUGGAAACAGUUUAAUUUAUGGCAGAUCCACAAAAGUAUUAAAAAGGGGGCAAGUGACUGGAGAAACCCAUGGGAUUUUAAUAAGUAACACCGCCUCAAUUGCUAUAAGAAGUGAAUCAAACAAUGAAUAUGUAUAUCAGUUCGAUAACUGCUACGAAAUAAGAAGUGAACAAAGCGAACCGUUUUUUAAAAAAGGAGAUUCUGGUUCUGCUGUUUUUGUGCAUGAAGGCAACGAACUAAAACCCCUUGGAAUUGCAUUUGCCUAUAGUGCUGAUGAAACAACAUGUGCAUGCAGGAUAGACCAGAUUGUUCAGGCUUUCAAUCUGUCUAUUUAUCAGGAGGAAGAAGAUAUGGACACACAGGAUGAUUGAUAACGUUACUAUUGACCUUUUGUUUUCUUUAUGUUUAGGUACAGUGGUAACAACGUUAUUGUUGACAAGCCAAUCGUGUUAAAUAGUUCGUGUAACGUGGGUGGUCGUUCGUGUUACGUGCGGGAUCGUGCGUGUAUCAGGAAAAUUGGUUUGCGUUUUUUAUCGUGCGUGAUCGUGCGGUUUUUUCGUUUUGUAACUUUUUUUAAGGAAUGCAAGAAUUUAUUCUUAAAACAAAAACAAGUAGUUUUUGUAAAACAAUGUGAAUUUAAAAACUUUUUUUUAUAUAAGAAUAUUGACAGUUGUUAACAUUCAUUCUCUCUUUCGUCGUUAAAUACAUUUUUUUAUUUCCAUAGCUCAUUCAAUCCUUUGUUCGGUCGAGUUAGUUUAGCUUAAUUUUAAAAUCAGCCUAUAUCAAGCAUCCAUUGUAUCUUGACACAUAAUUUCCAUCAUAAUAGCAAGAGCGACACGUUGAAUGAAAGUGGCUAAGCUUACCCAUUCCUUGUUUAAACUAAACGAUUGUUCCCAACGUUUUUCUUUCAAAUGAGAAUACGAUACGCAUUAUUAUCUGGUUGAUUGUAUAAACAUUUUUUUGAAAAAAAAAAAUAGACGCUUUAAAAUUAAGAAUAAAUAGAAAUAAAUCAGUUAUGUACUGUAAAUUAUGAAAAUAUUGGAUGUGAAAAAUCGAAAUUCAAUGGAACAAGGUAACAAAGUUACCUGUAUCCCUGCAUAAUUAAAUCGUACGUAAGAGAAUUAAAUUACAUAAACAGUCAACUAGUAUGUAAAUAAUUUAGUGUAGUUUAUGCAUUAUUCAUUUCUAUUACACGUAAUUUUCUUUAACUUAUGAUAGAAGUUAAUAUUCGUUAUGGAGACAACAAAAUAAUUUGUGUGUGAAUCCUUUAUAUUUGUGUAUGGAUGUGUAAAAGUGUUAACUAGUAAAAAAUUUAACAGUGCAUGACUAAAGAACAUGCCGCUUUUCAAUAAAACACAAACAUAAAGCAAUACAAAUUAAAGUAAAACGUUUCCUUAAUUCUAAUCUUAGAAAUUAAUUUUGAUUUUGCGUGUUUAAUGGUGUAGAAUCGUUCGGUUGCGUGUUUUAUCGUUUUGGUUCAGGUAUCGUGAAAAUUCAGUAAGUAAGUGAUCGUCCGUGUACCGUGCGUGAUCGUCCGUGUAUAGUGCGUGAUCGUUCGUGUAUCAGAAUCGUGCGUGUCGUUUGUCAACAAUUCCGUCGUUUCGAUUGACGAGUUAUCGCUCUUGAAUGCAGGUAUAAACACUUCCGGUAGAAUUGAAAGUAAGCAUAAAGUCAAAUCCCCGCUAUAAUUUGAACCAAACAUUAUGCAUUUAGAAAGUAAAACAACGAUAAAAGAUAUUCUUAAUUACAAGAAAACCGAUAUUCAGUCGUAUUUAAAGAGUAAAGGUAAAAAAAAUAAGCGGCACGAAGCUUGAACUGGCGAGAAGAGCGUACGAAAUAAACAAGGAUGACGAUGUAAAUAUUAAGUCUGUUGUCAAUUCUGAGCCCAAUCUAGUCGAUGAAAAAAUAGUUUCAAUAGACUCUUUAAAAACCGGCUGGACUUCUGAAUAUCUCACAAUGAUGUUGAAAAUUACCUAUUACACAGCAGUCACAGGACGGAAGACAAGGAAAAGAUGGAGUGUUAUCGUCAAUUUAUCAGAGGUUUUAACUUUUUUAAGGAAGGAUACGUACAAAAAAUAAUGAUUAACUGGGAGCAGUUGAUAACCUAUUACCACCCUAAGAACAGCUGCCUACGUCAAUAUUACCUGAGAAACCGUGCCUUAUUGCAAAUUCCGCCAUAAAAACAGCUUAGCUACGGUGUUUGUCAACAGGACGAUUGUCAACCAACACGCCUUUGAAGGGGCGAGUAAAUUGAUGUGGAAAGUUUAGGGGUAAGCCAUGACCAGGAACUGGGAAGGUGCAUACAUGCAGCAACUGGGACUAUGGCAUAGAAUCGUGAUUAUUAGAGGAUACUUCAUCCGAACACCAAUGACCGGUAUAUCAACCUUCGAUACACGUGAAUGAACAGAAAUAAUCAUAUUCUAAGUUAAACAUGUUAAAUAACUGGACAAUGUAGAUAAGUAGAAACUUGCGUCGAACAUGUAAGUCAUUGAAGCCAUUAAUUAAGGUUCAAUAGCAUGUACAUGUAAUGCUGACACGACAUUGUUUAGCUAACUGUCAGCUAGCAAAGUAUUGAAUGUAAAUUAUUGGAUUAAACGUUUACAUUCCAAUUGUUAUUCGGUGUAUUCAAGCUCAAAGAUAUUAAGACCCUUUAAAUUGUAUUCAUUAAGUGUCGAUUAUUAACGGGUGUUGCUAAAACGCGGAACGGAACGGAAAUGGAAAAUAUCAUAUCACGUUUAUCGCUUUAAAAGGGUAUAGACUGGCCAGAAACGAUGUACUUUGUAUCAUUUAUUCAUAUUUGAUGGAUGAUAAUCAACGUGUGGAUGUCUUAUUGAUAUUCUUAUAAAUGUCUAUCAAAUUCAAUUGGCUUUAGUUAAGUACGAAACGGAAAAAAUCAAAUGUAUUCAAAUUAUGAAAUAUUAACAUGAUUAAAUGAAUAAAUAAGCUUUUACUUCUUACUUAUUUUCUG